AUGGUACCUCCUCGCCUUUGUGCACAAUUGUCUCUUCCUGAUUCUACUGAACCAGAUCCCUCUCUCGUACCUCUCAUGGUUGAUUUGGCGAAUGAGCAAGCGAGAGGUGCAGCCGAAAUCGAUGUCAGAGAUCGGAGAUCUUACCAAUUCCAAAGCCAAGUCCCUUCUGAACUCACUCCUCAAGGCAGUAAUCUGGAGAACAGAGAUUCCCCAGAACGUCGCCGUCGGUAUCUGGCCACACCUUCCACCACAUCUUUGUCCUCUACCCUUUCCGGAGAAGAGGAAGUGAUUUAUCCUUUGAACGAAAGAGCACUAUCAGCGCUUCCCCCACAUUUGCAGUUGCACAUGAGAAAGAUGCAGGAAGAACGCAUUCUUCGCUUGCAAACGCAAGUUCCUCUAAUUGGGAUGUCUGACAUCUUAUCAUAUCCCCAACCGAGAGAUCCAUCCCAGAGAAACUUCUCAUCUCGAUACCCUGGCGUCAAACCUGCUGAGAGAAGCCCUUCUCGUCCUUUGCUCAAGCAUGGCCACACAACCAACUCGGCUGACCAUGAGGAGAGCCCUUUCCAUAGUCCGAUUGCGACCCGAGAUAAAAGUCUUAGCCCUACGUCGCCAAUGAACCCUUACAACCUUCAACCUACUUCACCAUUAACAUGGCUCGCAUCAGCGCCUCUUGGCCGUCCGGCUUACUUCGCCCAAUCCUCACAGAACAUUUCAGAUAACCCGCCGACCGAAUCAAACGGACUCUGGCUGCACCGCAAUGUUCCUAUCGGCCAGGGCUACACGGUAUGGGACCGAAAUGGUCAGUUCGAUGCACCAACACUGCGCCCAGGGACACCUACUCCAUGUGUCGAUAUCACUCAGUUUGAUUUCGGUUUCCAUAAGCCUGAGCCACCUCAAACUAUCGAAUCAUCUCAGACACCGACCAAGACAGACUUGUCCAUGGCUAAUCCGUCUCGGGGGAUUGACUUGAUAAAUAAAUGGGUUCAUCCAGCUCUGCAGGCUGAUUUGAUUGAAAAGUGGAAAUACGAUGGUCUGCUCCCCAAGGGUCUUCCUAUUGUUCCAGGUCCAGCUGCUGAAGCUUCAGUCAUUCCAGCUCCCGUUGAUCAGACCCCAGUGACCCCUCCUCGCCGCCCGAUUCUCACGCCAUAUGAGCCUCGAUUCUACCCUCGUUACGGUCAGAGUCUGAGCGAUCUCAACGAUGAUGAGUUAGAGGAACGACGUAUGUGUACGCAGCGACGUGCUUCUCAAGGUGCCCUUGGAGGAUCUCCAUCCACUGCCGUGACUACUGUCACUCGUAUAACUCCUCCUUGUCAUAUUCGGCCCCAUUCACCAACGGGUAGCAUGCGUGACAUCCCUCGGACACCUUCUUGGCGUUCAAUCCCAUGCUCUGAGGUUGAGCCCAUCCUCCUCUCAAUGCGCGGUCAGAAGUUCUCCAAUUGCUACUCCACAACGUCAAUUGCUGCCACCAUUUUCACCAAGCAGAACGUCACUCAAUUCCAAUCAGUCGCCCUCACUCCAUUCUAUGGAAGUACUUCUGGGCCAUGA